AUGGCGAAGAAGGGGAAGGCUAAAAAUGGGGCGGCCACUGGUGAAGGAGAACAAGUGACUGCUCCAGCUGCAGCGACCACCAACGUCCCAGCAGCUGAUCCAGUGCGACCGGCACCGGUCAAAGAGGUGAAGCUUGAGGUGAAGCCCGCACCGGAGAAAAAUGCCAACCCACCGAAGCAGGCUAACGCAGGCGGUGCCGUGCAGAACGGUUCCGAAGGAGAAACUGGCGAGAUGCGACGGAAGCGAAGCCGUCGUGGCCGCAAGAAGAAGUCGGAUGAUGCGUCCGAUGACCAGUCCAAGGACAAGGCACCCUCGACGGUGACGGCGAGAAAAAAUCUGCGCAAAAAGCGCAGCAAGCUGAUGCGAACGCUGGAGCAGCUGGAGGCUAAUCCAGCCCAGGCCGCGCCGGAAGGUAAACCGACACAGACCCCCGAAGAUAUCCGCAAGAAGAUACAGAUCAUUGAAAGUUUGCUGCAGCAUCUGCAGGCACAGACGCAGGAGGAGAAGAAAAAGAUGGAGUCGCUCAGGAGCGGCAAAGCUGAACCGCAGGAACCGGCGAAGAACGAGCAACAGCAGGCUCCGAAGGUGUCGGAACCGGCUCCAAAGAAUUUAACCACCGAAAAGGCACGCAAGGAGGGAGAAGUGAAAAAGCUGGCCAAUGAGAAGGUCGAAAUCCAGAACGAAGCAAAGCGGCUGGCACAGGAGAAAGCUCGCAAAGAGCAGGAAAUGAAGCGGCUAAUCGAGGAAAAGGCGAAAAAGGACGCAGAAGCUAAGCAGCUGCUGGAGGAGAAGGCGGCACGCGAAGCGGAACUGGUCAAGCUGACCCAGGCGAAGGCACGCGUAGAAAAGGUCGAACAGAAGAUCAAUGAAAUUGAUCAGAAGGUCCAGCAGCGCAAGGAAGCGGAUGAGCCGAAGGUUGCGCCUGGUAGUCCGAAGCAAUCAGGCAAGAAGGAACAGGCACGCACGCGCAAGGACUCGGAAUCGAACAAGAAAAAGGAAGCAGAAGAGAAGGUCAAGAAGGAGGCAGAAGAAAAGGCCAAGAAGGAAGCGGAAGAAAAGGCAAAGAAAGAAGCGGCUGAAAAUGCAAAGAAGGAAGCCGAGGAAAAGGCAAAGAAGGAGGCGGCUGAAAAGGCAAAGAAGGAAGCCGAAGAAAAGGCCAAGAAGGAAGCGGAAGAAAAGGCCAAGAAGGAGGCGGCUGAGAAGGCGAAGAAGGAGGCAGAAGAAAAGGCCAAGAAGGAGGCGGCUGAAAAGGCGAAGAAGGAAGCGGCUGAGAAGGCAAAGAAGGAAGCGGAAGAAAAGGCCAAGAAGGAGGCGGCUGAGAAGGCGAAGAAGGAAGCAGAAGAAAAGGCAAAGAAGGAAGCGGCCGAGAAGGCGAAGAAGGAAGCGGAAGAAAAGGCGAAGAAGGAGGCGGCUGAAAAGGCGAAGAAGGAGGCGGAAGAAAAGGCGAAGAAGGAAGCGGCUGAGAAGGCGAAGAAGGAAGCGGAAGAAAAGGCCAAGAAGGAGGCGGCUGAGAAGGCGAAGAAGGAAGCCGAGGAAAAGGCCAAGAAGGAGGCGGCUGAAAAGGCAAAGAAGGAAGCGGAGGAAAAGGCCAAGAAGGAGGCGGCUGAAAAGGCAAAGAAGGAAGCGGAAGAAAAGGCUAAGAAGGAGGCGGCUGAGAAGGCGAAGAAGGAGGCGGAAGAAAAGGCAAAACUGGAGGCGGCAGAUAAGGCGAAAAAACUAGCAGAAGAGGAAGCCAAACGGAAAACGAACGGUGAAGCCACGAAACAGUCGAACGGAGCUGCUCCAACAACCCCCCCAACGCAAGAAAAACCGGCCACCUCGAAGCAGGAUGCUAAGAACAGUAAGAAAAACAACAAACGGACACCCAAAAACAGUGUAUCGGAGGAUGAGAAAAGCACAGCCAAGGUAACCGGUCCAAAAAACGGGCAAAGCGGCGAUUUUGCCUCCUCUGCUGAACCCGUCACGGUAGCAAAAUCGCAGGAAAGCCAAUCAGCACCCGUGCCCAUCCCGAAGACCCCCGAAGUUGCACCUGCCUCACCGAAAUCCUCCCCGAAACCUGGCAAUGGAAAACCGGCCGUUCCGGCGAACGGUAAGCCACAGACGCCGCAAGCCAAACCCCAGGAAAAGUCACCUCCGCAACCCAAGACUGCAGCGCGAACCUCACCCCCGAAGACCACGGCCAAGGCUCCGUCUCCACCGAAAGCGGCACCUGCUGCUGCACGAGCGCCACCGAAACCUAGCACACCACCUGCCUCAAAGAAACCGGAACCUCCGCCAAAGCCCGAAUUCCUCAAGCGGAAGUCGCCCUCGGUUGAGAAGGAAAAGAUUGUCGCUGCCAAGGUCGCACCAGCAGCCACUGCACCGCAACAGGUACCUCCACAGGCCCCGGCAGCUACUCCCUCCCCCAGCUCAGUACCCGCACCAUCCACCCCUGCUCCCGUUCCUGCCCCUGCCACAGUACCAGCACCUGCUUCACCUGCACCCGCCGAACCAGCAGAAGGUGCCGCACGCCUAACCGAGGAAGCCCUCAAUGGAGCGAAGAAACCUGCCACCGCUGGUGCCGCUGCGGCCAGCAAAUCGAAACCGGCGCCGCCGAAGAAACCGGAGGUGCCGCCCAAACCGGACGUCCACAACAAGAGUGCCGCCAAAAUGAAGACACCCAUCAAGCAGCCGGGUGGCAAGACCUCCACGUCUGAUUCCAGGUCGCCGGCAGUGGAGCUAAGUAGAACGGAAGCAUUUAAGAAAAACAUGGACAUUAUAUCGACCAUCGCGGACGUGCUGCUGUCCCAUUCGCGGUCGAAGAAGAACCGGGGAGCCGGAGCAUCAUCGGACGCUGGCGCUAGUAGCCAACCCACUACUAACAGCUCCACCAAUCCACCUUCUUCCACUAGCACUAGUCUCGAUUCAUCAUCUCCCUCAUCAGCAUCACUCUUAUCAUCCCUCUUCCCUUCGCUAUCGCAAUCAUCCGGCCCCGCUGCUAGCACCUCCCGCAAAGCUUCUUCCCCGCCAGCGGACGCACCGAAACCCAAGUCAAAGCUAGAUCUGGAACGCAUCCUGCGCAUACUGCAAGCCUCCCAGCCCCCAUCUCGUUCGGGCGGCCCUGAACCGGGCGUGCUGGCAGCAUCCUCGUCACCGUCGGGACCGGAACCAUCUACAUCAGCCGCGCUACCGGUCCCAGAGCUGCCACCGGGCACGGAUACCGACGAGCAUCCGCUCGGGUCGUUUCUAACCAAAGAUGCCAUUCGUAUGUUGAUGCCUACCUUGCAGGAGGUGAACGUGAAGUUUAACGUUGAAAAGCAACUGCAAGCCCUCAAUGCUACCGCGGCAAUGGCUAAGAUACUACCGAAAACGCUGCCACCCGGCACGGACACAACCGAGGAGGAUGAGCUGGAGGAGGAUCUGCUCGACGAAGAGACGGAAGAUACGAUCGAGUACAAGUUUACACCGCGCCCGGUAUUCAUCGCAACAAUCUGUCAGGUAUGCAAGAACCCGUUGAAGAGUUUCUUCCACUGCGAACGCUGUGCGAUGGUAUCGUACUGUGGCGAAGAACACCGCCGCUUGGAUCAACCGUCCCAUCGAGAUCUUUGCGCGGUGCUGUGUGAAAUCGCAGCUAACAGAGGAGGACACAUUUACCAGCUGGCAAGGAAGCUUAACGUCGCGGAGUAUCGCAAUCUGCGCGUGCACACGCUCAACCAGAUCGAGCUGUCGCUGAAGCGGUGCAUGCAAGCCUUCGAGCGCGAGAUUGUACUGUUUCCACGCAUCUGCCUCGCACCAGACUGUCGCGAAUGGAGACAGGAGCUGCUGGCGGAGUGUACCGAUUGCCGGCAGGUUUCGUACUGUGUCGCAAAUCCCACGCACCUGCAAGCUUCGCAUCGCCGCUGGUGCAAGGCGUACCUGCUCUUUCAGAAGUUGAUCCUACGACAGCGCAUACUCGGGCGCAUCGAACCAGUGCUUCCGACACGCAUCCUCACGAAAUCGACUCCCUUGCCCGCCAACACAGACGAAGCGUUCAAGCAGUUGUACAAAAACUCGACUGUACCCCGGGAUGAAUGUGUGUACGCCGUACUGUCACAGAUAGCGACCGCUCCACUGUCGGCACUGUAUGCGUUCCAGCAGACGGGCCUACCGUUCGGUAACACAUUCACGAUCCAUCUCGUUGGGGCCGAGCUACAGUUCGAGGGCGACACACUGGACAAGUGGGAAGCGUUCUUCCUUCACCUCGUACCGGAGGUCGCCGUACUGCGAGUGGUUUUCGUCGGGCCGGAACUGAACGUCGAGAAUCUGCCGAUCGACGUCAUCAGUCGCAUCAGAAUGUGCCGCACCUGUCGUAUGAAAUGCCGUGUGGUAGCGUUCGAUUUCCAAUGUCGCACGAUGUACCACGAUUAUCGGCACAGCUCCAGGUACCAGCGACCGAACCUUAUCUGCUUCUUCAACCCGGGCCUUCACCGUACCACGGGCUUUGCUGGUUUGGAUAGCUGGCCGACAACGAUCCAUGCCGCGACCGAGGCAGGCUGUCCAAUGUUGGUGACGGCGUACACCGAGCUUGAGUCGCCGCUCGAUCUGGAACGACUGCAGCGUGAGUCGACGCGCACCCUUCAGAUCGUGCAGCCACCUUCGGUAAACCCAUUCGCUUCGAAGCGUCCCGAUCGCAACUUCAUCUCGGACGAUACUGCGCCGAUGAUCUUCAAGAACUACUACUACUUUGUGGUGAAAUAG